GAGUGUGCGCGCUAAAUAUAACCAGCCCCGGAGAGCGCCCUCCCAGAAGGGCUGGUGCUCAACUUCUAACAUAACUCAGAGAGCAGAGAGCGACCCGUACGCUAAACAAACUUUACGCGGGCUUCGAUUACUCGGAGUAUGGAGGAGGAGGCCCCAGUGAAGCGGUCCGUGGCAGAACUGGCGGGGAAGUUUAAAAAUGUCGUCCCUGACAAUGAGCCAGCACCCAAGCCGGUCAGACUUCGCCCUCCCCGGUCCUUACAGAUCCAGUUACAGCACCCUGCAGAACAAGAGAAAGCAGAUGGCGCCACCACCCAGCUCGCUGCAGGACGACCCAAGCGGAACUCUGCCCUCAUAGAGAAGUUACAGGCUAACUUAGCCCUCUCUCCCUCUGCCCUUCUGACAUCGCCCUUGAGCCCCGGCUUCAAGUUCUCCCCCCCAGCUUUCACUCCUUCCUCCCCCUGCCGCCCCGCUUCCUGUCACACCCCGGUUGCCGGGGUAACGCCGGUGACACCCACCAGCCCGCUGGCUGUCCUCACACCGCAGAGCGAGGAGGAAGCCCCCGCUUCCUUCGAAACCCCCCCCAGCGCCCAGGACGGAGCCGUGCUCGUCAGCAUCAUUAAGACCAGGGCCCGCCUCUCCAUCAAGAGACGGCCUCCCUCCCGGCGCAACAGGACGGCCAGCAGCGGGGAGGAAGGGGGCGUGUCUCCCAGCACGGAGGACACGCCCCCUCUGGCCCCCUCCAGCCAGCCAGGGGAGGCGGAGCCAAAGGGUGAAGGAGAUGACGAAGGGGCGGCGCCGAGGAGCCAGGAGGUGCUCGAUGGGGAGGAGGCCCCCAGCGAGGGGCUCCCCGGACCCCCGUCGGCGAUGGAUCAGGAGGGACAUGCAGUCCCACAGACGGGAACUCCUCCAGAGCCUCUGAACAGCACUGAGACCAAGGGAGGAGGAGGAGGAGGAGGAGGAGGAGGAGGAGGAGAUGAAUGGGACUCGGAUGUGACUGGUUUGACUGACUGUGGAACCUACGACGUACCUCAGACUUGUAAAGCGGUGUGA